AUGGAGGAAGAGGACGCUGCAGCAGCCUCUGCAGCCAGGAAACGGAGAACGGAACAAAUGUUUCGAAGAAUGAACAGCGCGACGCCCGGCAAGGAAUGCGUUGAACGCACGGCAUUUGGUCUCUUUCAGGACACAGGCGGGUUUGAAAUUUUGGGCGAAAACGUGCGAGGUAGCGCAUUUGAAAGCACAGCUGCAAUUCUGAUCAUCACGAAUGCUAUUUUUAUCGGCAUGGAGAUCGAGAUCUCAGCCCGCUUCCCCAACCAGGGCAUGCCCCUUGCUAUCCAGGUGAUAGGAUUUGCUUACACCGCAGCAUUUGCCCUGGAGCUCUUGAUGCGGGUCUUCGUGCAUGGCUUGGGCAUGUUCUGGCGCAAGCAGUACUUGUGGAAUCUCCUAGACCUUUUCGUUGUGCUGGUUUCUUUGUGGGAAGUGAUUGUGCUGGUCCUGGAAGCACUUGUCAAAGACCUUUCGCUGAAUGCUGGCAUUGGCGUCAUUAGUUCUCUGCGCAUUGUCCGGAUCCUGCGAAUCACCCGCUUGAUUCGCAACAGCGGCUCCACCCCGGGACGAGCCAUGAAAUUUUUGAGGGCGCUUAGGACACUGAUCCAUUCGAUAGCAUACACGUUGAAGGAGGUGAUGUGGGCAGGAGUUUUUCUCCUGCUUAUCAUGUAUGUCUUCAGCCUGGCACUGACGCAAGGCGUGGUUGGCCAUUUGGCCUCAUCCAAUGCCAACGAUGUGAAUCCAGCGAUGAUCAGAUAUUGGGGCGGAAUUGGCUCUUCGAUGUCGACUUGCUUCAUGGCAGUUACAGGUGGAAUCUCGUGGGAAGUUGCAUCAGAUCCGCUCUUGGAGGUCUCGCAGAUAUGGUGGUGGCUCUUUGUUACCUACGUGGGUUUCACUGUUUUUGCAGUAUUAAACGUCAUGACAGGCGUUUUUUGCCAGAGUGCGAUACAGUCUGCGCAGCAUGAUCACGAACUUUUCUUGCAGAACAUGCUGGCGGAAAGAGACGAUCACUUGAAGCGGAUCAAGAACCUCUUUGCCAGGUUGGACAAAGAUGGGUCUGGAAGCUUGACACUAUCAGAAUUGGAGGAUCACUUGGAGGACCCAGCAGUGCAAGCAUACUUUGCUUCCUUGGAGCUCUCUAUCACUGAUGUGUGGUCCUUCUUCAAACUUCUUGAGUCAGAUGAAGAGCAAGAGAUCUCGCCAGACGCAUUCUUCGAAGGAUGCCAGCGACUGAAGGGAUUUGCUCGUUCCCUCGACUUGGCAAAGUUGAUGCACCAGACACAAUUGAUGGCUAAGAAGCAGGUGGAUUUCAUGAACCAAACAAGCGAAUCCUUGGAGAAGAUUACGUCGCCACUUGGAGUGCAAGGAAAAUAUAGGAAGAUCCUGAAAGCUAAUCCUUGUCAUGUUUCAUCAUGUUUCAUCAUGUUUCAGUUUCCUCAUGCUUCAUCCUUGUCAUGGCAGUUGCGAAUCGCGGCAAGUCUUUGUAUGUUUCUGCCCCGUCAGAGGUCUUGGCUCAGCAUUUAUUUUCCAAUGCACAUGAUCUAUUUAGUGGUUUUGUUCAGUGGAAUGCAGCCGUGGAGGAGUGCGGUCCUCGAAUGGGACCAGAAUGGGACCAAGAUCCCUACAGAUGCAAGCAAACUAGACUUAGCUGUGCAAAAGAAGCAGGCUGAAGAUAACAAAGCCGCUUUGAUGAUAACAUACAUUGUAAUUAACAUGUGUACGCGUGAGUAUGUUUGUACUUAUACAUAA